UUAUAUGGGCCGAACCCGCGGGCCAUGACAAACUCAAUCGAAAAGAGAAAGGAGACCAGGGAAACGGUGCCGUUUCUACUAUAUCUCACAUAAACUUGUUUAGAAACCUCAUUCACAUCUAGGGCUCCAAAUCGACCGAGAGAAGUCAUUCACCAUCUAGGGCAUUCCCCCAAGGCAGAGAGAAAAUCAGCUCCAGAACCAAGAAAGAGAAUGGUGAGAAAAUCAAAACCCAGAACGAGAAUGGACUCGGAUGAUGAGUAUGUGGAUGUGCCAGGAAGACCUAAUCUGAACCGUCUUCCCAAGCAGAUUUCCUCGAGCCUGAAGAAGGAUCAAUUUAGAGAAGUAGAAAUAAAACAUCUACAAGAAAUCAUGAAUGCUUCUGACUUCAAAAAAGCUACUGGCACUACUCGUGAAGGGCGUUUUAAGUUGUCUGAUAAUGGGAAGAUUAUGAGGGUGUUUUGGCAGCUGAACCGGAAAAAUGAAGCGAAGAAACCGAUUUACAAAGACCUUGUGGAACGCCAGUUAUGGGAGAAGGUUUCUGGUGCUGUUCGAAACCAGAAGAAACACAUCCAGUGUUGGGCAUACAGCUCCACUGAUCCCAUCUCCACCUUACGAGUUAUACUUGAGUUGGAUGACGAGUUUGUUCCUCUGUCCACGUGGUACCUCCACUCCAACGUGCAUCCUGAAAAGAUUGGCAAGGAUCCAACCGCUCUAAAAGGACAUGUCUGUUAUUCAACAACUACCAAGGAAGCCUAUAGUUACAUGAAAGACCACGGAGUGCCUAAAGAAAGAGUGCUUGAUUUUGACUGUAGUCAACGCCAUCCAGGUGAUACAGAACCUCACAUCACCAUCGACGACUUUGGCACCUUGGAGACCUUAGAAGACGCACUGCUCCAGCUCCGCAAACAGCCAAUCACGGCAUCCCUUCUCGAGUACUCUGAACUUUGGACCCUGGGUCCGGAUGAAAUUUACCGCGGCCCUACAAAGGAGGGUUCAGGUUUAAUCGGUCAACACGGAGUCGAGAUUGUCGACAUCCAGCUUCACGGAGAUAAUGAAGUCGUUGCUCUCUGCAAAUCGAGCAACGGCACAAAAUUCGGCCGUCUGGGAUACUUCCGAGUCUCACUAUGUACUCGCUACAUGAUCGUUGGCAUUGAUGAUGAUACAGAGGAUAUUAUACCAACGGAAACUCCGCAGCCCUUGCUCUUCAAUUUCAUCUACCCGAUCAUAGAUAUUCCAAAGCCCGAAGGCGAAGGCAAAGCUGAAGGCGAAGGCGAAGGUGAAGGUGAAGGUGAAGGUGAAGGUGAAGGUGAAGGUGAAGGUGAAGGUGAAGGUGAAGGCGAAGCUGAAGGCGAAGGCAAGCCUGAGCCUGAGCCUGAGCCUGAGCCUGAGCCUGAGCCUGAACCUGAACCCACACACAAGAGGAAGCGUCAUAACUCAGGAAGAAGAGGGCCGUCCCAUGACCAUGGAGAUAAGAAGAAGAAGCAGAGAAGUGGCUGAGAAGAAGAAGCUGGAUUUUGGAGCUGUGUGAGAGAGUGAGAGCUUUUUUUUUUUUUUUUUGGAUUAUCCUGAAAAUAACAAACAUCUUUGAUUUCGGGAACUUAUAUCUGUGUGAGUCAUUUACAAGACUUAGUAACUCAUCUCUCCUCGGUUAGUAAUAUGUUUUCUAAAAUUGAUACUUUAUAAAUCUAUUUAAAUUUAGAAUUUGAAAAAGAAAAGAAAAAUACUAUCAGAUACUGUUUUACAUUUCUUUUGUUUAGCUAUGUACUCUCUUGGGUAUUUUAACUUUAUACUUUGUGAUC